AUGAAAAGUGCUUUUAGAGAAGAGGACAUCGGCCAGAUGGAUGAGUCCUACAGAGUCAGGCUCCCGCAAAGGGAUUCUUCACAAUUGCCCGAGAUCAAGGAGGGACCAGUCUCUCCGGCGAGUACGCGCCUAGAUUCCCCAGGGAUCGAGUCUAUUCGAAGCGCUGAGGCAACGGAGAAAGAAGCCGAGUCGCCAUGGGCAGAACCAGCAGAUAAAGAAGUCUACCAUGACCCCAACGAGCCACCGCCACCAUUUGAAUCUCUAAAGGGACCGAAAAUUGCGCCAGCAGGAGUACAUCCAGCAGAGCGACGGCAGGGAAAGAGUAGAAAAACAUGGAUCAUCGUAGGAAUCGUCGCGAUACGCUCUGCACAACUAUCCACCGCAGGCGACUGGAAAGGUGGAGAUGUUACGGAGGUCGUCGCCGCCGAUGCGAAGAACGGAACGCCGAUCGCUGCUGCCGCCUUCGCGAGGAACGACACAGCUGCUUGGCACAUAUUCUACAUCAAUAAUGAGAACUACAUCACGGAGGUUGUCAACAGCAACAAAACCAACGUAUGGUCCCCAGGUCCUAUCAACAAACUCAAGUUGCAACCUAUGAGUGAUACGCAUGUCGGACUUCAGGCUUGCUGGUAUGGAAGCUUCUAUUCAGACGAGGAUUACAACCACAGCCCGGUACCUGGACAGACCAACAAAACCAUCACCGAUACCGAUCAGAAGGUGGGAAUUCAUCUCUGGUAUGCCACUAACGCAACGAACUUUGACUCCUAUGGCUGGGCAUACGGGACCAACACGUGGGAACAACAGCAGAGCUUUAGUCCUUACAAUGGCCACGCAGGAGUAGGCUGUUACUCGUGGGGUCCUGGAAGUGAUACGUACGUCAUCUUCACAGACCUGGACAACAACAUGAACAUUCUCUGGAAAGAUCUCAACACCACUUUGAACAGUACUGUUACGCAUCCCAUUAAUGAAUGGCGAGACAGUGAGUUUCCCGGUUUUUGCUUCGUCAGAUUGCUUGCUAAUUCCUUACCAGGCAACGUAAAGAUUCCUGUCUUUCAAAAUACCUCGAUUGGCUACACCAACUAUCUUUACGCGCAGAACCCCGACCUGACAUUCAGCGGAUACAACGUUACCUGGGCUUCGGAAGACACCUCGGUCGCUAUCGACGACCCAGAUCAAACUUUUGUUGUUAGUGGUCGGAAAGGUCUACCUGGCUCUCAUCUCACUGUGACUUCGCUGCCGGACAAAUCGGGCGGCAACUCGUUGCUGGCAUUUUAUCAGACCAAUGGUUCUGAUAUCACGGAAUUCGUGCGGGAUUUUGACGCAGGACAAUGGACCAGUCUAGCUGUGCCUAUUCCGGACGCCUAG